GUAUCAGCGCAUGUCCUAUUUCCCUGACGGAGUGCAAUCGUGACUACAAGUUGCGGACAAUGGUCUAUGUUUAUUUUUAUUGUAACAUGCAUUUUCUCAUUUUCUUUGGCGCUAUCGAUUGCCCGGUCGUUCUUCAGCUAAUCGAGUCUGAUAAUGCUGUUUGAUUAGUUUUGCCUGAUUGUACGACGGCAGGGGAGGCUGUGCGCUGAAAAUCUGAAUCGAAUAACAUAAGGUUGAUUAUCAAGCAACGAGCAUGGAUCGGUUAGCCUCUUUUGGAAAUGACCCGUACGACAAGCCGCCGUGCCGGGGCUGCUCGUCCUACCUGACCGAGCCGUAUAUAAAAUGCGCGGAGUGUGGUCCCACGCCUUUCCUCCUCUGUCUACAGUGUUUUACCAGGGGGUUUGAGUACAAGAAGCACCAAAGUGAUCACAGAUAUGAAAUUAUGACCUCAGAUUUCCCUGUGCUGGAGCCGGGCUGGACGGCGCAGGAGGAGAUGUCAUUACUGGAGGCAGUGAUGGACUGUGGCUUUGGGAACUGGCAGGACGUGGCCUAUCAGAUGCGUACCAAGAGCAAGGAAGAGUGCGAGGGGCACUACAUGAAGAACUUCAUCAACAACCCGCUGUUCUCCUCCACGCUGCUCGGCCUGCGGCAGAUGGAGGCUCGCACGGCCGACACGGCCAUCCCCUUCAAACCCACAGACGACCCCCCCAGACCGGCCUUUGACUCUCUGCUGUCCCGAGACAUGGCGGGGUACAUGCCUGCCCGAGCAGACUUCAUGGAGGAAUUUGACAACUACGCAGAAUGGGAUUUGAAAGACAUUGAUUUUGUGGAUGAUGACUCCGAUAUUCUCCAUGCUCUAAAGAUUGCAGUUGUUGAUAUUUACCACUCCAGAUUGAAGGAGAGACAACGCAGGAAGAAAAUCAUCCGGGAUCACGGAUUAAUCCACUUGAGGAAGUUUCAGAUGCUAGAGCGGCGAUACCCCAAGCAGGUGCAGGACCUGUACGAGGCAAUGAGACGCUUCGCCAGGGUGGUGGGUCCCAUCGAACACGACAAGUUCAUCGAGAGCCAUGCCUUAGAGUUUGAACUGAGGAGGGAGAUCCAGAGACUGCAGGAGUACAGGAGGGCAGGAAUCCAGUCCUUCUGCAGUGCUAAGGUGUACGAGCGCGUGAAGCGUGUUCGGGAGGAUGAACGCAGGAAGCGGAGCAUGCUGUGUGACGUUCUGCAGCUGAUCCAGGAUGGCCGUGCCUGCCAGCAGUGGCUACACAAACAGGCUGCUAUUGAUGCUGGGAUCAGUCCUGUGGUCACUUCCAUCCCCACAUCCGCAUCAGGCCGGAGAAGCGCACCCCCUCUCAACCUGACCGGCUUGCCUGGCACAGACAAACUCAACGACAGGGAGAAGGAGCUGUGUCAGGUGGUGCGGCUGGUCCCCGGGGCCUACCUGGAGUACAAGCAGGCCCUCCUAAACGAGAGCAGGAGGCAGGGCGGCCUGCGGCUGGCCCAGGCCCGAGCCCUCAUCAAGAUCGACGUCAACAAGACCCGCAAGAUCUACGACUUCCUCAUCAAGGAAGGAUACAUUAACAAGGCCUAGACCUGCGCCGCACCCAUUCCUGACCUGUCAAUCAAACCUACUGUGACAUCAUAAAAGAAAAGCACCCAGCCAGACUGUUGGUCAAGGUGCUGGUGGAAGGGAAGCUGUGCUUGAACUGUAUCUGAGGAGCCUGGAACUGAGAGCACUGCCCCAUCUGCAAGUGGAGGGGCCAGAUUCCUGUUUGUUUUCAUUAGAGAUUGUUGUCCUUGCGGUUCAAUCAUUUUGUGGUAGAAUAACUUGUGAUUGGCAAUUGGCCAAAUAAGAUUAUUUAACAAACUAGUAAUAAAACAAAUUUGUUUCAGUUACUGGUAUAUGGGCGUUACUAGCCUGCUUAAUACCUACCACAACCACAAGCCAAAAACGACACAAAAUAGCAUGGCUAUUGGCACUUGUAAGGAUUGCUACCAGUUUAAUGAGUUAUGAAGUUGUGUUUUUGAGUUUAACAUUGUCACACUGUCCUGCCAGUCGUAGAGAUAAUGUGAGCCUAUAUAUUUCGAGCUUAGGUAAAAUUAUUGUGAAAACGCAUAGUUCUGGAAUAAUAUAAUACUCCGUCAACAUAGAGCCAUCCUUGCUAGAAAAUUUUAGUUGUUAAUUUGCAAACAUGAAUAUGUGUGGUGUACCAUGUAGUUCAGUGUACUUAAUCUGCAAACUGAUUCAGACUAAUAUACAUUAAUGCACAUUCACAAGCAA